GAAAGGGAAGAGGUCGAACUGUCGAAGAGCUAAAAGCCUAAAACCACAAAACGGUGUAUUUUGUCGAAGGUCUUAUACGUUGCGUUUCAACGAAGAUCGUGUUGCUGCUCAAGAGCAGAAACUAUGGAGGAACAGCAGCAGCAGCAGCGAAAGAAGAACUAUCGAAAGAGGAGUGCUCCAAUCGAAGAAGACGAACCCCAACAAUACGAAAACAAAAAUGAAUCCGACGAUGAACGAGAAAGAAGAAUGGCGCUGGAAGAGAUUAAGCUCCUCCAGAAGCAGAGAGAAAGAAAAUCUGGAAUUCCCGCAAACCCUAGUUUGCAGGUGCAGACCGCAAUUGGAAGCGGUUUAGCUGCGAAAUCUGCUGAAAAGAAUGACGGAGAUGGCGGCGACAAGGACGAGCUUGUUCUUCAGGAUACCUUUGCUCAAGAGACUGCUGUUAUGGUUGAAGAUCCUAAUAUGGUAAAGUAUAUUGAGCAAGAAUUAGCAAAGAAGAGGGGAAGGAAAAUUGAUGAAGCUGAUCAAGUUGAGAAUGAGUUGAAACGUGCAGAAGAUGAACUGUACAAAAUCCCUGAGCAUUUGAAAGUUAAAAGGCGAAAUUCAGAAGAAAGUUCUACUCAGUGGACUACUGGUAUUGCUGAGGUUCAGCUUCCAAUCGAAUAUAAGUUAAAAAAUAUUGAAGAAACAGAGGCUGCCAAAAAGCUUUUGCAGGAGAAAAGGCUCAUGGGUCGGACAAAAUCAGAAUUCAGCAUUCCCUCAAGCUACAGUGCUGAUUAUUUCCAGCGUGGCAGGGACUAUGCUGAAAAACUCAGAAGAGAACACCCAGAGCUGUACAAAGAUAGAACUACACAGGUUGAUAGUUCUGGGUCCAAACAAAAUGAUUCGGGCAAUGAAGCUGCAGGAGCAGGACAGAGACAAGCUGCAACAGAUGAAUUCAUGCUAGAGCGCUUCAGGAAACGAGAACGCCAUCGUGUAAUGCGGAGAUAACACACGUCAGACACGUGAUAAUAUUAGUGGUGCCAUAUGUAUUUUUAUAGCAGCAUUAAUAUCAAGAAUUUAGAAGUCCAACACUUGCUGAGUGCCAUGCCAUCAAUCUGCAUUAGUUCCUUGUUGACUCAGUGACAGAAGAUCCACCAGCUGUUCAUGUUUUCUUAUAUGCUGCUUCACAAUAUCUUUUAUCCAGAAAAAUCGUCGAGAGGUGACGAAAUGGAUAACCUAGCUACUACCAGCAUCAUGUGUCUAAAAUCUUACAGCGGCCCAUGUUCAGAGUUUGAAGAAGAAUUGUGAUAUUUGGCUUAUGACAUUUCUGGUUGGUUGUCCAUAACUAGCUUGUUUGUAACAAUUAACACUGGUGAAUGAGUUUGUAGCAAUCGACAUAAAUGAUAACGGUGCUAAGAAGUUUAGGCACCUUAUUAGUACAUCUACUAUACUGAUUUUCAAUUUGUUUUUCAUUUGAAAAGUUGCAUAUUGAUCAA